AAAUCUCAACUUGGACUUCAACUUCAACUCGAUUGCUCCUCCCAAGGCAUUGUGUUUGUCGAGGCAUCUUCCACCUCCACCCUCCGCACCCUCAAUUACUUCGAUGAUGUUGCUUCCAUCCCUUUUCAUCAUCUUCUUCCCGAGCCAGAACCAGAACCGCUGGUGCAGAUGCAGAUAACGCAGUUUGCUUGUGGAGGCUUCGUGAUGGGUCUGAUUUUCUGUCAUAGCAUCUGUGACGGCCUUGGAGCCGCCCAGUUCUUGAAUGCUGUGGGCGAGCUCGCUAGAGGCAAAGGCCUUGACCCUCUCAGCGUCACACCUGCGUGGCACAGGGAUUUCUUUCAUCCAAAUCCAAAUGCCCCAUUGCCAAAGCAGGUUCCUCCCCCGGCCCCGUUGCCGGAGUACAGCCUCCUGCACUCCAACAUCGACAUUCCCAUACAGCACAUCAAUCGACUCAAGAAACAGUUUCAAGAAUCAACAGGAAAUACUUGCUCCGCCUUUGAAAUUGUGGCUGCUAGUUUUUGGAGGUGUAGGACACGGGCCAUUUACGAUUACCAAUACCAUCAAGACCAGGGGGAUGGGAGUGGCGAAAAAAUUAAGCUAGUUUUCUUUGCAAAUUGUCGGGAAUUGGUGGACCCUCCGCUGCCGAAGGGUUUCUAUGGAAACUGCUUCUUCCCAGUGACAAUCAGCGGGUGGAGCAGGGGAAUUGGGGAAGCCUCCAUAAAUGAGGUGGUGAAACUGAUACAGGAAGCCAAGAGUAAGGUGGGAAGUGAGUUCAGAACGUACAUCAAGGGGGAGCAUGGGGAUGCGGAUGAUCCCUUCGCUCCGCCGCUCAACUACUCCACGCUCUUCAUAUCGGAGUGGGGAAGGCUUGGGUUCAAUAACGUGGAUUACGGAUGGGGGCCACCGGUGCACGUGGUUCCCAUCCAAGGCUCCGCCGUCAUACCCGCCGGUAUAGUGGCUUCUCUUCCCUUACCAGCAAAGGGUAUUCGUCUCAUGACGUGGUGCGUACAGGAGCCUCAUCGCCCAUCCUUUCUCCACCAAAUCUCCCAACUACUCCUCUGAACUCUCAACUCUCAACUCUAAUUUGGAACACUCCCCCUAAAAUCCAACCUCAUUUUAUUCCACUAAUAAGUUUCAGUUGUUCCCACGCCGGAGAAGACAAUUCAUGUAUCCAACAAAAUGCUAAUUUGAAAAAAUUUUAUUGUUCAUCUGUCGAAACCUUUGCAUUUUGUGUAAAAUAAUAUUUGGGUAGUCUGCUUGCCUUAGGCAGAUAUGUUCCUAUUCUUUA